AUGGCCAACAACGCCAGCCCUCAUCAUUACAGCUUUGUGCCCGAUGCACGCACCUCCGAAUAUCUCUCUAUGAACAAAUCUUACGACGAUCGAGCCUCUUCACCGGCACGCAAGCUUUGGCCUUUCAACCGAUCUCGUUCCUCCAGCCCCAACACCCAGGCCCAAGCCGGUCUCAGCCUCGACACCGGCUACGAUGCGCUUGGCUCCCGCAGGCUCUCCGCCAGUCCCAUCAACAGCGCCAUCAGCCCGUCGGGCUCUGGUUCCAGCUUCGUCGUCAAGAGCGUCAUCCGCGCUUCCGGAGGUGUCUCGCUCCAGACCUCGCCCGCUCGCGACCAGCGCUUCAACUCCAACAACUCCCGUCAGCACUCGUCUUCCCCCGCCGCCAAGAGGAUGACGCUCGAAGACUCGGACGAUGAAGGCCAGCAACAGCAGCUUCAGUAUCGACGAUCCAAGAGCAAGCCACUCGGCGCUGUCGCCAGUCUCGGUGUUCCGCCGGGAGGACCAGGUGGUGGUGUUGGAUACGGCACCGCCCGCUCUUCCAACGACGGAAGACCCGAGUCCGCUGCUGCCUACCAGCAGUCUCCUUUCUACCGUCCUCCCAGUCCGUCCGGCAGCAUGACCGCCGGCGAUUUUCAAAGGGGCACAAAGGAGCGCGGUCGAUCUCCGCGCAAGUCCAUCCCGGAUGGUAGCGAUAGCUUCGACCAGUCCUCUGAUCAGCGCCGUGAUGGUUCUGCCCAGUCUGCGGCUUCUUCGCCAGGUAAAAAACCCGUCGCUCGUAUUACCGUUGGACCGCAGAGUCUUGCACAGCAGCAACACCACAACCAUCAACAAGCUCAUCACCAGUAUCAGCAGCAACAGCAGCAGCAGCAGCAGCAGCAGCACGCAGCCUCUCGCGGUCCAAGUCCUGCCGCAGCUGCCCGCAACGCUGGUCUCUCCGGACCUCGCCAUUUCCCUGGCGGCCCUCCCUCGCCGUCCGGUCCGAUCUACAACCCUCAUACAGCUUCUCACGACGCUUCAUACCAGAUCCAGCCUCUCCAGCACCAACACGCUCCUCGGCAGCACAGCGCAGGUCCUACUCCCCACGAGCAGCGCGGCGACCUGAGCUUCCCCUUGCUCCCACCUCAGCAUGCACCCGGCCACGAGAGCCGGGACGAGUCGCCCAGCCGUUCCAGUCGCUUCUCCUUUGGCUUUGGCAAUCGUUCGCGCAAGGACAGCGAAAAGAGUGUUCAACGACUCGACGGCCUACCCUCGCCGGUCGACAUUCCUUUCGGCCGAUCCUCGCACUCGCCCCUUCGUUUCAGCAACGGAGAAGAGACGCGCCGCGGCUCGGUCUCGCCGGCGCGCGCGAGUCCCAACAACUCCGGCUUCCUCUCAAACCUCAUGUCCAAGUCACCUGGGGAUCGAGAGGUUAGGCAGCAGCGCAGUCAUGACGAUACGGCUCGGAGCGGCUCCCACGACGGCGGGCUGGCGGGGAAAUGGUUCAAAGGCGUCUUUGGACGUUCUCCCCGAGCGGACGAGAAGGAUUGGACCAAUGCGUCGGAUUAUACGGCCUUUCCGCUGGUGGCGGACGCACCCAGGUCAAACGAUGACGACCAGGCGUAUGCGCAGAAGCUCGCGUCCAUGCGUCAGGCACGUCACAUCGUCGAUGAGGAACGACGACGACUCAUGUUUGGUGAGACUGCACCAAGUGAUGGGCCGGCAGACGAACGCGAGUUUCGACCGCGCCAAGCGAUCGAUGAUGAGGUGGAGUUUGAGCUGGGUCGAAAGAAGAGUCCGCCAGGGAGGAAGCCUGUUCCUGCCUACUUGCCGGCCGCUACCACGCCGACGAGGAUGUCAGCCUCGCGCGAUGAGCCGAUGACCCCUGCCCAGCGCAUCAUUCAGGAGACUCGGUCAAGGGAGUUGGCACGGGAACAGAUCGAGGCGCAGCGCAAACAGGCGUUGGAUCAGCAGCGUGCGAGUGUCAAUGCGGAUCCUCGACAGACGGUUGCUGCUCGGAUCCGGUCUAAUGGUCCACCUACCCCACCGAAGGGCAUGCCGACUCCACAGCAGCAGCGCUAUCCAAGUGGACCGCAUCAGAUCACGCGAGAAUCAGCUCGAUCUGGCCCCGCAGCCCCACCCAACCAGCGGCCCACACUCAUCCUCUCCCCCGGCGCCGGCCCCAUGCCCGCCUCCCUCCCCUUGCGCGAUGCGUUGCAAGAAAUGAUGUCGCGCUUCUACCGUUUCGAACGCUACUCCGUCCCGCUCAUCCGUUCUCUCGAAACUCGUUUGCUGGAUAUCGAACGCGAUGCGAUGCUCGCUUCCAACCCGCACGCCCGUUCCUCCACCACCCAAAGCGCAGAGAUGGACGUGUGGGUGCAACAAAUGACCAACCUCAUGCGACACGAGGUGCGACAGUUGGAUGCGGCCACGCGCGAAUUGCGCGAGGCACGGGAGUUGGUGGCCACCGUCGCCAGGGGUGUGGGACCGGGUGGAGUCACGGUCAGCAACUCUGUGUCGAGUUUCGGGAGUUUGGCGGCUGUCACGGCGUCUACUUCGGGUCAUGUGCUGGCCAGCAGACCCAUGAUCUCGCCCGUGGAGGAGAAGAAGGAGCCGAGCACGACGAGUGGCGCAGACAGUGGGACAAGGGUCUCGCCGACCAAGGCGAAUUUUGGGUUUGCCAGCGAGAGCAGGAAGGAGAAGUACACGAGGGAUAGGUCGGUGAGUCCCAAUGGUCGACCGCGGUACACGUCGGUUCUCGGGCAACCACUCGGACAGGGGCAGCAAGAGAGGUUGUCGCCCGACGCAUCGACGGACGAGCAGCAGGGUGGGAUGAGGAAGGUCUCGUCGGUCGAGGACCGCCUAAAGGCACUGAUGGAAGGGGAAGGGUCGAGGGACACCAGCUACACUGUCUCUCCCUCCGUUCCGCAGGAAGAGGAACCCAAGACCGAUCCCAGCAAGGACGACGAAGCCGAGAUGAGUGGGAGCAGCGACAUUGCCGCGGCGCUCGCUGCGAUCGAUAGCAACAGCUUCCCUCGUCCCACCGCACACCAGUCGGAGCACUCGGCACACGACGUGGCCGUCAGGAAGAGCUUCUCGCACUCCUCCUCGCACUCGGGCUCUGCAUCCGAGGCAGUGGAAGAACCGCUUACCCCGACCAUCGAAGCUCCUCCAUCGCCCGCCGUCGAGACACCCACCACCCACAAGCCGGAUGCAUCCGAGGACAGUUUGCGCGGCUCCAUCCUGCCGUACAUGCGCGAAACCAGCCCGGUCAAGACACAUUUCCCCACCACCCUCGCCGUUUCCCCCGUCGCGAGUCCGGGUCGGAUCUCGCCGACCAAGCUGUACGCACACAAAUUCGCCCCUUCCUCGCCGUCCACCAGUGCAAAAUUGGGUCUGGUCGAGAAGAAACGUUUUACCCUUCCCGCCGCUCCUUCACUCGGGUCAGUGACGACGGUGCCAGCCAGACAGGGAGGACGGAUCAGUAGAACGCCGAGUUAUACCUUCGACGAUGCGGCGUGCGUCAAUGGCCCAGCGAGCGCCGCGUUCGGUGUCGGCAAGGGGAGACCCGUGGGUCAUAGGGCCACGCUCCAGGAGCGCGUGGCGUUUUUUGACGCUGGAAAGUAG